AUGACCUCUACUGACGAAGCAUUGGCUGCCACAGUGUGGGACGCAUCGUUUUCCACCUAUUAUAGCUACGAAGAUGAUCCUGAACCAUGCAGAAAAGAUGAAGUGAGGCAUUUUGAGUCCUGGUUCCUUCCCACGUUUUUCUCACUCGUGUUCCUGCUUGGCUUGGCAGGGAAUGCCCUCGUUGUCUUGGUCCUGUUCAAAUACAAGAGGCUGAGAAGCAUGACGGAUAUCUACCUGCUCAACCUUGCCAUCUCUGACCUUCUUUUCGUCUUCGCUCUUCCCUUCUGGUCGUAUUACGUGGCCGACAAGUGGGUGUUUGGAGACGGCUUGUGUAAAUUUGUCUCUUGGGUGUACAAGAUUGGAUUUUUCAGCGGGAUCUUCUUCAUUAUGCUCAUGAGCAUCGACCGGUAUCUCGCCGUCGUUCACGUCGUGUUUGCCUUGAAAGCAAGAACCGUCAGCUACGGCAGCCUUGCCAGUGUUGUUGUGUGGCUAGUGGCCAUCACGGCGUCUGUUCCAGAGCUGAUAUUUAGCAAGUCUGUUAGCUACUAUAACUACACCAUGUGCAGGGCAGAAUAUCCCAGGAACGACACAACUUGGAACCUUUUCACCUCCUUGGAGAUCAACAUUUUAGGCCUUCUGAUGCCAUUCAUUGUCAUGUUAUUUUGCUACACAAGGAUAGUCAUGACCUUGCUCCACUGCAGAAAUGAAAAGAAGAAGAAAGCUGUAAAGAUGAUCUUUGCUGUUAUGAUUGUGUUUUUUGUGUUUUGGACCCCUUACAGCAUUGUACAAUUCCUACAAUGUUUGGCUGAAGUGGGCAUUUUGGAAGGAUGCCUGACCAGCAAAAACUUGGACUACGCAGCUCAGGUGACUGAAACUCUAGCAUUUUUCCAUUGCUGUCUCAAUCCUGUUAUCUACUUCUUCAUGGGACAGAAGUUCAAGAAGUACAUCAGAUUGUUCUUUAAGAAGUGUGUCUUCUCGAAAAUAUUUUGCAAAUCUUGUGGACGCCCCGAUACAUUCACCUCCGAGUCAUCAGGCUCAGUCUACACUCAGUCCACAAGUGAUGAAGAGCCCCUCUGAAAAGCCUGAGGUGGUCUCGUGUGAGAUCAGGCCAAAAUGUGAUGCUAUCUCAGGUAUCAGAACAAUUGUGAGUUUGUUUUGCUGGAAACCAGAGGCUGUGUGAUGACAAAUAAGCACAGCCUAAUCGUAAAGCUUUGGACAUGGAAAAGAAAAAGGAGGGAGCCAUCUUGGGAACAAGAAUUCUCAUUUUACUCCAUUUCAGUUCUGCAGUCAACUUAAGCACCUGAGCAUUAGGGAUAGGCAAAUUUCUCAAUCUCUGUUUAUUGUUUUUCCUAUCUU